AUGGAACCAUCUGGUGAUUUGCUCGGGAAUUUUUUUCGAGAACCUCCACGAGAUUUCACGAUAGAACAAUCAGCAGAGCUGGCGAGCUCACCAAGCGAAACGUUGUUGAAGGUGAAAUCGGCCUGCGAAUUGCAAUACUCCAAUACUUCCAACCUUGUGCAACCGCAGAGGAUCCUGAACCAGGACGCCCUGCUGCCCUACGGGGACAAGAUGGCCGCCUCUGAACCCACGGACCUGUCCAACAAACGGACGGAGAACGUCACUUGCGUGCCCGAGAUCGAGUACUUGAAAGAGGACACUGACACCAUUCCCGAAGAGUUCAGCAACUCGACCACCCCCAGCGAAGCGUCCCCCACCCCCGAAACCGUCCCCCAACCCCCUACAGAGACUGAUCUCGGCCUGUGGCAGGCCCUCUUGCGGAAAGGCUACAAACAUUUCUCAUUAUUGUCGCAAUUUGGUGAAGAGAAAAGCGAGUUAUGGAGCUCUCUGGAUGCCGCUAACGCGGAAAGGAGUUCGGCCCGAAGGAAACAGAGCUUUCCUUCCAAGGCGAACGUGCAAGCCGAGGCGAUGCCGACGCCGAUGGAGCACCAGGACAACGAGGAGGACGAUUCGAGGGAGAGGACCAGUCCCGACUUCACCGGAAACAGCCCUUGGUGCAAUUUGGUCAAGGGAAAGAGUGGAACCGGCAUGGGAGGGAAAAGAGUUGGCAUGAGGUGCACGAAUAGCGGCACGCAGAACACGGCGAUCUGGAGGAGGAAUUUGAGGGGGGAGAUGGUGUGCAACGCGUGCGGCCUGUACUUCAAGUUGCAAGGCAUCGGCAAUCACACUUUUCCUUGUCUAGGGGAAAUUGAAACCUAUGCAUUCCUUGUUCGUUUACAGAGUGGACCAGGCAUGGGAGGGAAAAGGGUCGACCUGCGGUGCACGAAUUGCGGCACGCAAACCACGACAAUUUGGAGGAGGAAUUUGAGGGGGGAGAUGGUGCCGCCCAUGCCGAAAUUCCCGCCCUCGGAAGUGUCCAUUGGGUGUGCGGCUGCGCGGGAAGCCGAAGAAUCCGACGAGGACAGCAUAGCCGACCUGCCCCUCAAUCUUGUCUCCACCCAAAUGGCGGAGGGCGAACUACUUUAACCCGGUAAAACGCCGGUCUCGCUCGUGCAGUGCGGAUAGUGUCCUAUUUCGCUCUCGGGGUUCGUUUGGAAAUCAGACAAUCCGAUGACCUGUCACACUAUGGCACACAAUGAGAUUAUUUAUGUGUGAUACAUCGUUUUUAUACGCGAAUUCCUAUUGGUAUCAGAAGUACCAGUCAUAUAAUCAAAGAAAAUCACAAACAGUGAUUACUUGAUCGUUCUAGUAACAUCUUUCUAUUGAUUCUAACCUGAGUUGGAUUGCCUGAUUCUCGGAAAAUGGCACGCGUUUUGGGGAAAUUUGAAAUUGAUCUGGUGCGUACUAUGCUUCGAUCGUACAUCUUUUCUGCUCUUAUUGUCUGUAAUAAAACAGGCGCGAACUCGGAUUUCGUUUAAAAAAACAACGGCUUCGUAAAGUAGCUACUCGCGGUAGCCAAAGUCUUCAUAUGAAGUUGCGAUGACAUGAAAACUACGGGAAAACAUGUCUAACUUUCAAUCUUAGCCGGGAGUUAGGAAUGUUUUCCCGUAAUUUUCAUGUCAUCUCAACUUCAGGGGAUGACCUUUGCUACCGGGAAUUAGUUGAGUUUUAUUUGUUCCAUUUUGGUAACGGUGGUGGAAUCAGAAUGACGUUCACAAAUAAAACGAGAAACUUCAUGACCUCGCAUGAGAGAGAAUUGACAUAUUAUAUUUCGGUUCCGAAUAAUUCCAAUACCAUAAUACUAGAUUUAAAAAUAAAGGAAUAGUUAUUUACCUAACAAAAGCGGAAAGUAGU